AUGGCUGACAGUCAGUUACCUUUCACUUGUCAUUACCCUGCAAACAGACCCAGGGGAGUCCGCGAUCCUUUCCGUGAUCAGGGUCUCUCAUCCCGUCUCCUGGAUGAUGAUUUUGGAUUUCCAGAAGAUUUAACCAUGGACUGGCCUGAUUGGGCAAGGCCCAGACUCACUGCCUCCUGGUCAGGUCCUUUAAGAUCAGGCCUAGCAAGGACUGCUGGUAUCUCCCCACCUGGAUAUAGUGCCCGCUACACAGGAUACCCCGAAGCCCGCAAUACUGUGUCUGUCCCCAGCCAGCCCUGGAAGGUGUGUGUUAAUGUACAAAGUUUCAAGCCAGAGGAGCUGACAGUGAAAACCAGAGAUGGAUUUGUAGAAGUGUCAGGUGAGUGA